UUCAUUUCAAUGUGAAACGAACAGUUUUGAUUUGGCAGCUGCUACCUUUACUCCUAACGCUGUCGUUUCCCAGCUGAUUGGAUCUGCCAUGUUUUUUUUGUUUUGUUUUUCAUCCUUUAUCCAAACUAAUUCAGUUUCUGCUUAUUAAUUUAAGUUUAGACAACGAUUCCAUGGACUAAUAAUAAUAAUAAUAAUAAUAAUAAUAAACCAAAAACAUGCAAAGUUUGGUGGUUCUAAUGAAUGAAUGAAUUAGAUUGUUCUGGAUGUUCAUUUGGACACAGAUCCCCACACCUCACUGCAUUGUCCGUUCCAUUACAUGACUCGCGCGCUUACUCUUCGGUCCAAAAUAACAGCUACCUUAUAGCUAGUCAGACAGCUAACUAUGUCCAGCAAGAAAAGAUCCUUCAGUGAGCAGGAGUUCACACUCUGCAGUGCACUUGUAGAGGCUACACAACAGGGGGAGUCUGAAGCUGCAGAGCUAAAGGAGAAACAGCACAUCCUAAACUCACUUCAGGAUACACUAUCAAAGAUAGUAAAGAGCUAUGACACUGUUUCCAGUAACAUUAAACUGAAGGAGCAACAAAUCAGUGGCAUCACUAAUGAGAUUGAACAGAUACACAGGCAAAAUGAGAGACAGCAAACAGAGAUACAGGUGAUCCAGUUGGAAAACAUGAAACUCAGCUACAGCAUUGAAGAGCAGUUGGAGAGCUCACAUUUCUUGCUGGCUUGGUACAACACUUACCAUAAUAAAAUGGAGAGCUACAAAAUGUCUAUCUCUGCACUGGAGAGCCAUGCAACUAUUCAUAAGGAGUUGACUGAAAAAAGGGAAGAGGUGAAGAGACUCAAGGAGUACAGAGAUAAACUGAAGGUGGACUUACAGAAUCCAGAGGGAAAUGCUAUACGACAGUCUCAGAAAGAAACUGACAACUUUAAGGCCCAGAUACAUAACACAAAAGAGCUUGUAAGAAGAAAAGGGAUACUAUUGGAGAAAGAGAAAAAGAACCAUUCACAACUGAGAAAGGAUAUAGCAAUUCACAACAGAAGAUGCGAGGCCAACGUGAAACGGCUUUGCUGCCAGCUGGACAAGGCUCAAUCCAGUCACGGAGAGCUGAGCAGUGACAUCUUCCAUAUGGAGAAAGAGGUGGAACAUCUCAAGAAGCAGCUAGGUACCUCAUACAAUGUAGAAUGAAUCAGUGUGCAAAUGCACUCUCUGGUAUUAAUCCAGUUUGUCCAUACAGUGCAUGGUACAAUAUGACAAUAUGAUUUGUGUUCUCUGACAGAUUUUCAUUCAUGAUUGUUAUUUUGUUUUAUUACAAUCUGAAUAACAAAUGAUAAAUACAAAUAGUCUUCCUAUCAGUAUGUUUAUUGCAAACUCAUUGUAGUACUUGGUAUGUGUGAAGGUGAGUGGGAAAGAGGUGGGAAAGAGACAGGUGGAUUUGAGUUCAGGGCUCACUUUAUUGUUCCACAAGGCACUUUUCAGCACUCUCUCAACAACUCAACAGGAAAAAACAAAAUAAGACACAGU